UCUAUUACAUUUAUUGAGCGUAAUGGGAAGUUCAUAUGAUCAUGCUAUCACAGUUUUCUCGCCAGACGGUCAUCUGUUCCAAGUAGAGUAUGCCCAGGAAGCCGUGAAAAAGGGAUCAACCGCCGUUGGACUGCGAGGAGACAGUAUUGUAGUGCUUGGCGUGGAGAAACGUUCAGUCCCUAAACUACAAGACGAACGUACUGUUCGGAAGAUCCACAAGCUCGAUGACCACGUAUGUAUGGCAUUUGCUGGCCUCACCGCUGAUGCCCGUAUUCUGGUCAAUAUGGCACGUGUGGAAUGUCAGAGUUACAGACUAACAGUAGAGGAUCCAGUGAGCAUGUCCUACAUCGCCAGACACAUCGCCAGUGUCAAGCAGCACUUCACUCAGAGACCCGGCCUCAGACCUUUUGGUCUUUCCACUCUUAUUGUUGGUUUCGAUUAUGACGGAUCUGCUCAUCUCUUCCAAACUGACCCAUCUGGUACCUACCACGAGUGGAAAGCAAAUGCUAUCGGACGAAGUGGCAAAACAGUGCGGGAGUUCCUGGAGAAACAUUACACUGAUGAGAUAGCUGCAAGUGAUGAGGCCUGUAUUAAACUGACCGUCAGAGCGCUCUUGGAGGUUGUUCAGUCCGGAGGAAAGAACAUAGAACUUGCAGUCAUGAGGAAGGGACAAGCCCUGGAGAUUCUGGACACAAAGACUGUUGAGAAACUGGUUGAAGAAACAGAGAAGGAACGUGACGCUGAAGCCGAAGCCAAGAAGAAGGCUGCUGGAAAAUCUUGAGAUCUUGAUGCUGGACAUUAAGAAUUUCAGUUUAUAAGAUAAACAUUUACUUAACUGAACAAAAUAUCCUUUUUAUUGGAUGAUCAGUAUAUAUGACGACAAAUUUAUAUGUUGUUGUAAUUGUUGAAUAUAUAUUUCUAGGUUCAGGUCUAUUUAAAAA